GAUUUAACCUUUUCAGUUAGGAAGCUGCUUGAUGAAAACAUACUUCCAACAAAUAAAGACAUUCAGACUAUAAACAAAUGUUUCGGGAGGCAAUCUCAAAAAAUGAAAACACUUUGUGAACAAAUUUGUGGAGUUAUAAAAAGGAAAAUGUAUAAAGAUACAGCUACAGACAUAUGGCCAGCAUGGAAUCCAAAAAGUGAUAAAAUAGUUUUUGUUGUAGAAUUGACAAAAAAAACUAACAUUAGUAGAAAUUAUUUAUAUGAUUACGAUCUUGAAAUAAUAGAAAACGAGAGGUAUUGUAGCGCUUUUGAGAAAGAAAGUUACAUGGUUAUGGAAAAAGAAAAGGAAUUGUUGACGAGUCAAAUAUAUGAUGAUAUCGAUCGCUUGCAAAGUCUUCAGAAAAAAGUAUCAACAUAUUCAAAAGAACUGAUGGAUAAGCAUAAAAACAUAACUGCAAUAUUUCCUAGUAUUGUAAGGUCUGUUGGUUAUUUCAAAUCUGGCAAACAUAGAUUCAUCGAAUCAUUAUGUAUUUCCAUACGUGUUGAAAAGAAAGUCAGUGGUUUGAUUCCACUAGAAGAAGAGCUUAUCACACGUUAUUUAGGUACAUUUCCAACUGAUGUGAUUGCUGGGGACUUUUGCUGUCUUGGUGACAGACCUAAUGAUUUUCAUGAAAAUAUAAAAAUUGGGUCAGCAAUCCAUGCUGGAUUAAAAACAGAUAAAGGGGAGAUGUUAGGUGGAACAAUGGGUUGUUUCGUGAAACACAAAUUAUUUGGAAUGUGCUGUUUAACAUCCGCACAUAUCGUUUUGUCACAAGCUGAGAAUCAAGAGGUGCUAAAGGACGGGUACCGUGAAUACGAUAGAAAUAGCUUGAAACCGGUUUACCAACCAAUUAGCAAAAAUUUAUCGCAAUUUGGACAAGUUGUUGCAGCUGCGUGUAACGAGGGGCAAAGUGACACGCCUGGGGUAGAAGUGGCAUUGAUAAAAGUCCUGUGCAGGCAACCAACAUCCGGGUCUUUUCCACUUACAGAUUCCAAAAGAACGCCCACAUUCGCGUUUAAUUCAGGAAAUAUAGCUGAUGCAAAACUGGUAAGACCAUUGACAGAAGUGUUUAAGUUUGGUAUUGAAACCGGACCAACUAUCGGGUUACUUGGAAUACCUGGUGUUUCUGUUCGAUACCGGGGAGGCAUACGAUUAGAGAAUCAAAUAGUUGUUAUGCCAAAGAAGGAUGCUCCGUUUGCUAAGCAUGGUGACUCUGGGUCACCUGCAUUUAUUGGUAUAUCAUGUCCGGGAACAGAGGCUGCGAUAGGGUUGGUUUCGGGAGGAUUCGACAGCGGUCAAGUUCUAGUCACACCGAUUCAUGCUGCAUUAAAAGCUGUCCAUUGUCCGCCUUAUUUACAUAGAUUUGAAGAUGCUGAUUCGGGAUUCAAUGACGAAGGCUGUGAAAGUAUGGAUUGCAGUUAAUAUUUCAUGGCAUGCUAUGAUCUAAACCUGUACAAUGAAAAAUGGCCGAUAUUCUGUAAUGUUUUAUAAUAACAUUUUCAAAAUUACUUUUUAGAUAAGUAUAUUUUCACCUAAAGUUCUAUGAAAAGGUAUUGAUAAUUGAUACCAAUAUUUAACUAAGAUGGAAAACUUUAUGUUUAUGAUUAAAGCUUUAUCAUUUUUAACAUAACAACUGGUUGCCAUAUUGUCUGCAUUACAAUAAAAGUUUGAUUUAAUGUACACAGUAUUUUAGAAAUGACAGCAAAUUUGAUUAUUGUAUAAGUACAUGUAGAAAUAUCAAACAUAAAUUCAGCUAGAGUGAAACAUAACAAUAAAUAAUAUGUCACUUCAACCAAUUAUCCUUUUACAUUUCAGUAAUUUCAUUAAUAAAAAAACUGUGUCAUUUAUUGAAAUUCAACAAUUUAUAUAAAAUUUUAUGUAAACUAUUUGUUUUAUAUCUUCAACUGAAUUUAAAGUGUUAAUUAUAACUCUCCCAUGUUUGAAAGUUGUGUUUCGUUUCGAAAUGACUCCUUAGUUUUUGUUACCAGGCUAUUUGUGAAGACUUUGUUAAGGCAAAGACCUUUUUGCAAAGAAAUGUCAGAUAAAGCAAUUAUAAGAUUUCCUGUCUUGAAACAUAUAUGGUAGAUUUGCUACAAGAUGUCAUUUCAAAUGUGAAGUUAACUUGAAACAUUGAAGAUCUUACAAGUCAUGUUAAGAAAUUUUAUUGGAUAAUUUAACGAAAUUCAUAAAAGAUUUGUAGAGCAUGGUUUAUCAUGUAAAAGAUAUAAGGAUUCUUAUAUUCUCUAAUGAAUAUCUUAAUAUGUUAAAUAUAGCUAUGCUUUAGCAUGUUUAAUACUUUGUAGAUAAAUAAAUGUUACUAUAAAUAACAUUAUGAAUGUUUGGUUAAGGAAUACUUAAGCAUGCUUUACACCUACGAAUUGUACUGUACAGUGUUUGAUACAGGUAAACUCUAGCAUACCUAAGAUUUCAAUAUGAUUAGAUAAAGUCAAAUACAAUACACGAAUGUUUGACACAGUUUUGCUUGUUUUAGCUUACUUUAAUAUACAAUUUUUGAAUGAGAGAGUAUCCUUUGCAAAUACUAUUUGAAAGCAUAGUUUUAGUUAUAUAAACAUGUCAUUUUUACGAUU